UAAUUUUUCUCAACUGGAACAUGUUUCAAGUUAACAUAAUUUUUUUCAAACAUAUUUUUUCAACUUUACCGAAUUAUCUCUUUUCCAGUAUUCCAUCCCCAGAUACUGACCGGGAAAACUGCCAAAACCCAGCAAUUUUCAUCCAUUGCCAAUCUGAAGUUCUGAUAACAUUUCGAGCCAAGAAGAUAACAACCAAAAGAGAAUGAAAAAUCUCUCGCUCUUGUUAUCGCUGCACACUCCCAAGAUUCCAGUACCCAAUUCCGCCACCAAUUUUCACUCCUUCCCCUUAAUGCAAGCUGGAGUCCAAAACCCCAAACGACCAAAAUCCUCUGUUAAGCAACGCCCUUUGAAACCCACCAAAACCCUCUCCCCAGCUCCCAUCACCGUCUCGCCAUCUUCAACUCCUCCCAAAAAGGUUCUGGUGCCGAUGGGGUUUGGCACAGAAGAAAUGGAAGCAGUGAUUACAGUUGAUGUUAUGCGCCGCGCAGGUGCUGUGGUGACCCUAGCAUCAGUGGAGGAGAAACUGGAGGUUGAGACUUCUGGAGGUACCUUGCUGGUUGCUGACACGUUUAUUUCUGCUUGUUCUGAUGAGAUUUUUGAUCUUGUCGCGUUGCCGGGAGGAAUGCCCGGCGCUGCACGUUUACGAGAUUGCAAAACUCUCCAGAGUAUAAUGACCAAACAGGCUGAGGAAAAGCGGUUGUUUGGUGCAAUAUGUGCUGCUCCAGCAGUCACACUUUUGCCUUGGGGACUACUUAGGAGAAAACAGACAACCUGUCAUCCUGCAUUUAUGGACAAGCUUCCCACCUACUGGGCUGUUAAAUCAAAUAUUCAAGUUUCUGGAGAGCUAACAACUAGUCGUGGUGCUGGCACUUCAUUCGAAUUUGCUCUAUCAUUGGUGGAGCAGCUCUUUGGCGAGUCGGUUGCCAAGGAAAUUGGAGAAUCGUUGUUAAUAAAUGUUGCUGACAAUAAUUCUAGAAAAGAAGAAUUCAAUGAAGUUCCGUGGUCCCUUGAUCACACCCCUCGAGUUCUCAUUCCAGUUGCAAAUGGUUUGGAAGAAAUUGAACUGGUCACUAUUGUAGAUAUUCUUCGACGAGCAAAGGCGAAUGUUAUAAUUGCUUCAGUGGAAAAAUCUUUGCAGAUUUUGGCAUCAAGAGCCACUAAAAUCAUUGCAGACAAGAUGAUUAGUGCAGCUGCUGAGUCAAUUUAUGAUUUAAUCAUCCUGCCAGGAGGUAUCUUGGCGGCCGAGCGGUUCCAAAAGUCCAAAGUUUUGAAGAAAUUGCUCGAGGAACAAGAAACAGCCAGAAGAAUAUUGGGCGCCAUCUGUUCUUCAUCUACAGUCCUUCAGAAACAAGGAUUAUUGAAGGAUAAGCGAGUAACGGAUCAUCCGGCCGCAGUAAGCAAUCUCGAUAACGUGGUGGAUGGUGCCCGAGUAGUUAUUGAUGGCAAACUAAUCACUUGUAAGGGGUUUUCUACUGCAACAGAUUGUGCACUGGCUAUUGUCAGUAAGCUUUUCGGGCAUGCAAGGGCUAGGAGUGUAGCCGAAGGUCUUGUUUACGAGUAUCCCCGGGGAUAGAUUUUCAAACGGUGGAAUGAUUUUUACCCAGCUCAAAUCCAUAAGUAAGUCCAUUAACAUUUAUGCAUACCAAUAUUCUUGGAUCUCAGAGACGGCGAGGAUACAUUUUGCUAUGGAGAGGGAUUUAUAUCCCAUGGGGGAGCAACAGAGAUUAAAAAAUUCGAACAUCCUGAUGGUAUUAAUUCAUUCUUGUGGUGGUUGUGAUAUUGGGUAUACAUUUUUGCUUAGGAUGAUUCCUCGGAUGCAAGGAUGGGACGGUUUAUAAUAGUGAAAUAAUGCAACUUCCAUCGUCCCAUCACACCAUCUCAUCUUUCUAUUUUCUGGAAUUAGUUGGGAGGCUCUCUUACGUAGUGUGCUUGCUGUGUCUGUCUUGCUGGGAGUGAACUCUUUGCCUGACUAAAUACAGUUCUUAUAGUUCUCGUCUUGUGAUUGAAAUGCUGUAAUCAGUGACAGCCAAACCAUGGAUUCUUGUUCGUCUAGCACAAUCAAACACUUGAUUCUUCCGAUUGCUGUUUUUUAGUAGUUAUAUGUUGCAGCUAUAUUUUUUUCUCA